AUGGCUUCAACUCUAGACAAGGCCGAUUCUAAAAGAAGUCUGAUGGCUGGAACUGAAGUUUCUAAAUUUCUGGAUUUGGUUCUAACAUCUUCUGGUUCAGGAUUAGAUACCAAAAGUGAUAGGUUAGUACAGGCUAGGAAGAGGUCUAUGCCCAGAUUCAGAGAUCGUUUCAAUCAUGCCUCAACCAUGUCAUUAGCAUUAAAUAAAACCCCUGAGCUUCGUGCACUUCAAUUUGAUAGCUUUGUUAGUUUGAGCGAUAUUUUGACUUCUCAUAAGACCGGAAUUCCUCUUACGGGUAUAAAUCAUGAUUCUGAUGAUGAGAAGGAGAAUGAUGAAAACCGUGAUGCGAUUGAGGAUGGAUCUUCAAGGCUACUACUAGAUAAGGUAACCCAUUUUGUUCCUUUGAGAAUGUUUCAUUUGAAGAAUUCUGAUGGAGGUGAAGAGGAUCCAUCAUUGAAUGUUGGCAGAGAGUUAAUUUUGGCCGUUGAUAAUCUUCCCCGUUCUUUGGUUGCCUCUGUUUCUGUCGUUGAGAGUUUAUUGGUCUAUGUUAUUACAGAAGUGGGGUUGGGGUAUAAGGUGAGUAUAAAGGACAAGCCAGAAAAUCGAAUCCAAAUAGUACCAGAAUUCAGAUGGAGUUUUUUGGAUAAUGAGUAUGUAGCGGAGUCAAAGAUGGUGUUUAUUGAGUUUGAGGACAUACUAGCACUUUAUUUGUUCAAGAUGAUACUUGAAAGUUUGGGUGGACAAUUUGAAUCCGUUGUAUUGAGUGUCAAGAAAGAGAUAGUGCCUGCAUUGAAGAAGUUGAAAGAGAGCAUUAGCAUUGAAAUUGAUUCAGAAGAUACCAGCUCAGAAACGAAGCAAAAUAUUGCACGGUUAAUAAAGUGCUCUGAUAUCCGGUAUAAGCUACGCGGAGAACGGGAGAUGGUGAAUGAAAAGGAAUACGUUAGCCAAUACAGAGUGGAUCCAUCGGAUCUUUCAGAUGUUCCUUCCUACAUGGUCGACAGUGUUCGACAAAACGUGAUCGACUUCCGGUUACAGGUGAUCCAGUUGGAAAAGAAAGAAAGAGAGAAAAGACAACUGGAAGAUAAAAGAAAAACAAAGCUGAAGUUGAGACAGUUGUUUAAUGAGUUGAAUAAUCAAUCAGCGAAGGAUCAGGGUGAUAAAAUGGAGGUUGACGAACUGGAGAACAAUUUGGAAGAUGAAGAUAAUGAAAAUGAAAAUGAUGACGAUUUAGAUGAUGAAGAAUAUGAGAAAAAGGUGCAAGCUGAAAAGAAGCAGAGACUAGAACGUGAAUAUAACAAGGAGUUGCAGCUGUCACAGAAAAAGGAGGCUAAAAGAAAGCAAUUGUAUGAGAGGUUUAUCAAUGAGGUUGAACAUCAUGUCUAUAUGAGCAAGGUUAUUCCAAAAUCAAGGGAGAAGUUUUUAAAAAGCUUUGUAAGCAAUGUUCACGAUUCUGAUAACACAAUUGAUAGAAAUCAUGAAUAUUAUACCAGGCACAACAACUAUUUGAAAUAUAGAAGCAAACCCAAGGAGAAGGAAGAAGAAGAAGACGAUAAAGACCGGAAAGAAGAAAAUAAUGAUAGGGCUACCAGUAGUGAAGCUAAUAAGUUCAUCGCUAGCUUUGAAACCACUCGGGAAAAACCUGUCAAGAUUUCUUUCAAGAAAGGAAGAAAAAAAGUUGAACUUGCAGGAUUGACUACGGGGCAGCUUGAGAAAGUCAGAAUCAAGGCUGAAGGUUUAGUGGAAAAAUACAUUGGUAUCAAAGAGGACUCCUUAAUUCAUUUCAUGGUGCAAUUUAUGGAGAAGAAUUUCGGAAAAGGGAAAGGUUCUGUCGAAUACAGUGACUUUGUCCAUGAACUUGAGGAGACUUUAGAUGAGGAAGCAUCGACAGUGGCGGAGAUAUUAUAUGAUUAUGUAGAUUCACUUUAG